GACCCCAGUAGCCGCAUCAAUGCCCCAGAACAGAUGACCACACUACCGACUGGCCGAAGAUCUUGGAGGAGGCAGGAGUUGGAUUGCGACGGUUUCUUGCACCUAAGGUACACUAGCAGAGUGAUGGAACCGCUUUCCAUCACGAGGUUGAUAAACGAGGUCCUGGCCAGGAUAAUAGGAGAUGAGAGAGCGACGUGGCUGGAGCGGACCAUAAUCGUCUAUACCAAUAACGAUAGUAUUGCUUCUAGGCUUUGCAGACCAGCGGAGGUAUUCUGCGAUUGUAACGUCGCGCAAUGGAUGGAGGCCUACGAUCUGGAGCAGAGUCCAUGCAGGUCUCGCAAGUACUCGGACAUGCGCAGCAAUGCAUCGAUCGAGCUGCUCCAAAGCAAAGGUUAUACACAUGUAAUCACUUUGGACUCAUCAAUCACGGACAACCCACUACUCCAGGGCAUCAUCAACUCUGGACUGAACCAUAUCCCAUGCAUGACCCUGGAGGUGAAUGAGGCGGAGAACGAGGUGGACAUUGUCAGAUUCCUGGACAGACUCAUGGCGAUGGUGAUGGAACUACGCGAACUCACGGCGUCCACCCAGUCAUUUCUAUGGAGGAUAAUCUUGAAGAAGGCGAGAGCAAAAAUGACGAAAUACCGGGAGCAGCAUGGACACGUAGCCGCGGAGCCAUUCGAGCAUCCAGCUAUCAAGCUGACACUAAAGUUCCUCACAGACCGUUUUCUCAUCUGUCCGACGGAUAAAGCCCCAAGCACUCCAGCCUUCGUAUGCAAGAACUUCAUACAGAAACUCGCCUUUCAGAGGUUGUCUCGACCUGAGCUCACGAUUAUCACCGCCCCCCCUGCAUCGGUCAUCUCACGAAUGUAGGGCGAGCUUUCAGCUAUGCCUGUGCUUCCGACUGCACCAGCGACGCUCCCGUACCUGAUGACGACGUUCAAAGCGCACAAGG